AUGCUAAAAAUGGCGAAGAAACAUAAUAUGAGCUUUGCACCAAUAAAAGUAUCUCACUCACUCAAACAGCAACUUCCCGCAUGGUUUCAUCUCGGAGCCCCCCCAAGAACAUACAAUAAAAUAAAGGAUCAAUGCCUACAACAAGUACAUAAAAUAAGAACGGUAAAUGACCUAAUGAAACUAAAAGACAGACGCACCACCAACACAAAUCACCGCGAGAGGAGUAACUGCGCAUGCGAACCCUGCAAAAACGAUAGAAUAGAGGGAUGUAAGAACCCACACAAAUGUACGAUCACAGCAUUAACGAUACUCACCAAACUAAGCCAAAAACUUAACCCCCUCGACUCACCACCAGAUGACGGCCUCACACUAACCCAUCGACGAAAGGAAAAAAACGCACGCGCAAUAUCUCAACAAAGAGGAGACAUAGUCUUCGACCCUUCGAUAACAGAAAAGAAAGACCUGUCGGAAUGUUUCAGAAUAUUUACAAAGACAACCACAAACACACUAACCCCGGCAUACCGC